UUGUAGACAUACAAUAUGUUCAAGUUUGUGAUCUUGUUGUCAGUUGUUGCUUGCGCUUUCGGCGCUGCCGUCCCAGAGGGUCUCCUGCCCCAGUUGGAUGGUCGCAUUGUUGGAGGUUCUGCUACCACUAUCAGCAGCUUCCCCUGGCAAAUUUCUCUGCAGCGUAGUGGCUCCCACUCCUGCGGUGGUUCCAUCUACUCUGCCAAUAUCAUUGUGACUGCUGCUCAUUGUCUGCAAUCCGUGUCGGCCUCCUCCCUUCAGGUCCGUGCUGGUUCUACCUACUGGAGCUCUGGUGGUGUGGUUUCCGCUGUUGCUUCUUUCAGAAAUCAUGAGGGUUACAAUGCCAACACUAUGGUCAACGAUAUUGCUGUCAUCCGUCUAUCUUCCUACCUUGGCUUCAGCUCUACUAUUAAGGCUAUCGGUCUGGCCAGCUCUGCUCCUGCUAACGGUGCCGCCGCUUCCGUAUCUGGUUGGGGCACUCAAUCAUCUGGUUCCAGUUCCAUUCCCACUACUCUUCAGUACGUGAAUGUCAACAUUGUCGGUCAAUCGCAGUGCGCUUCCUCCAGUUACGGUUAUGGCAGUCAAAUCAGGAGCACCAUGAUCUGCGCUGCUGCCAGCGGCAAGGAUGCCUGCCAAGGUGACUCUGGUGGCCCAUUGGUCUCCGGUGGUGUCCUCGUUGGUGUUGUUUCCUGGGGCUAUGGCUGCGCCUACGCCAACUACCCAGGUGUCUAUGCCGAUGUUGCUGUCCUCCGCUCCUGGGUGAUCAACACUGCCAACUCUAUCUAAAGAAAGAACUUUUAAUAAAAGUAUUUGAAAACGAAUUAAAA